AUGCCGAUGGGGGUUAUGUUGGCAGAUGGGCUUGUACCGAACAAAACUCGUACGUACUACUGGCAAUGUCUACCUGCCAGCAGCGCUAGUCCGAGCUCUGCGGCAACGAGUACCGGGACCUCUGCCACUUCCAAGCCUGCCACGACUACGACCCCGAUUACCACUACGACGCUUGCGUCCUCAAGUUCCACGAGCUCCACGAGCUCCAGCGCCACCCUCACCGGGAUUGCGGCAACUGCCCCUACCACCCCGCCUUCCAAGCUUACAGGACGGUUGCCUGCACUAGGAUGGAACUCAUGGAAUGCUUACGGAUGCAAUAUCAAUGAGACCAAAGUUACAGCAGCAGCAAAUCAAUUCAUCUCUCUUGGACUGAAGGACGCUGGAUAUGAAUACGUCAAUAUAGACGACUGCUGGGCGCUGAUGGCCCGCGACAGCGCCACCGGGAAGAUAGUCCCUGACCCAGCCAAGUUCCCUAACGGCCUGACCUCGGUGUCCUCCCAGGUCCAUGAUCUCGGCCUGAAGUUCGGGAUUUACAGUGAUGCUGGCACGGCUACGUGUGCUGGCUUCCCUGGGUCUUUGGGCAAUGAGAAUCUGGACGCAUCGACCUUCAGCUCAUGGGGCGUCGACUAUCUGAAAUACGACAAUUGCAAUCCUGUCCCCGGCAACGAUGAGUACAAUUCCAACACCGCAAUUCGCUAUCGUCAAAUGGGUGCGGAACUCGCGGUGCAAGCGAACCCUAUACAGUUCAGUUUAUGCAUAUGGGGAGUUGACUCGCCGUGGCUUUGGGGUUCCCGUGUUGGACAUAGUUGGAGAAUGUCUGGAGAUUCGAGUGCCAGCUGGAGCUACAUCACCUCUAUUAUCAACCUCAACGCGCAAUACCUGGACUACGUCACGUUCUUUUCGCAUAACGACAUGGACAUGAUGGAAAUCGGCAAUGGUGAUCUCACCAUUGAGGAACAACGUACUCAUUUCGCGGCUUGGGCAUUCAUGAAAUCACCGAUUCUUCUAGGUACAGACCUCUCCACGUUAAGCACCGACCAGCUGGCGAUCAUUAAGAAUACGGAGCUACUUGCCUUCAGUCAAGAUGAUACAGUGGGUGAGCCAGCGAAGCCGUUUACUCCAGAUGGUGCGACCGCGACAAGCCCUCCCUCGUUCUACGUUGGCAAGUCGUCCAAGGGCACCCACGUCUUCAUCAUCAACUUCGGAAACGAUACCUCCACGAUGUCCUUCGAUUUCGCCAGCGCGGGUAUCAGCGGCACUUCAUUCCAGGUGCACGACAUGUGGGCAGGAAAAGAUUUGGGAACGGCGUCCGAAACGUAUUCCGUCAGCAUCGCUAGCCACGAUACCGCGGCCUUCCUCAUUACGAGCGCGUGA